AGUUGCAGCAGAGCAGAGGACCACAGGUGGAUGCAUUUGGGGGAUGAUGGGGAUUCAGAGGUUCUUCCUCACUCUCGCCAUAACACUCUCCAUACUCUUCGGAAAUGGAAACCUCGUUCUCAGCUUCGACGGCGGUGGUAGCCACCAGAAACAGCAACCCACGCUGUGCCAAGAGCUCAUUAUCCCCUCCGGUUACCCCUGUUCCGAAUAUACGACUCAAACGAAGGACGGGUUCUUGUUAGGUCUUCAGCGCGUAUCUUCUUCUUCUUCUUCUCUUCGUCUUGGGAACCGUGGAGAACGAGGUCCUCCGGUUCUGCUUCUGCAUGGCUUAUUCAUGGCUGGUGACGCAUGGUUUCUAAACACUCCCGACCAAUCACUUGGCUUCAUACUUGCAGAUCAUGGUUUUGAUGUUUGGGUAGGAAAUGUGCGUGGAACACGUUGGAGCCAUGGGCAUAUAUCUUUGUCGGAGAAGAAUAAGAAAUUCUGGGAUUGGAGCUGGCAGGAAUUAGCCCUGUAUGAUGUUGCAGAAAUGAUCAAUUACAUCAAUUCACUAACAAACUCAAAGAUAUUUGUAGUUGGGCAUUCGCAGGGGACAAUUAUAUCUUUUGCUGCCUUCACUCAACCGGAGAUAGUAGAAAAGGUUGAGGCAGCAGCUCUUCUAUCUCCAAUAUCAUACUUGGAUCAUACCAGUGCACCUCUUGUACUUAGAAUGGUUAAAAUGCACAUUGAUAAGGUGAUUCUUUCCAUGGGUAUUCAUCAACUAAACUUCAAAAGCGAAUGGGGGGCCAAUCUCUUGGUUUCCUUAUGCGAUACCCGCCUAAGUUGCAAUAACAUGCUCUCAUCCAUAACAGGGAAGAAUUGUUGCUUCAACGAGUCACGUGUGGAGUUUUAUCUUGAACAAGAACCUCAUCCAUCAUCCACCAAAAACUUGAACCACCUUUUCCAGAUGAUCCGAAAAGGAACCUUUUGCAAAUAUGAUUAUGGACAGCUAAAAAACAUGAUAGAGUACGGCAAGUUCAAACCACCAAAGUUCGACCUUAGCCGUAUACCCAAAUCAUUGCCUCUGUGGAUGGCUUACGGUGGAAACGAUGCUUUAGCAGAUAUAGCCGAUUUCCAGCACACACUCAAGGAAUUGCAAUCCACACCGGAGGUGAUUUAUCUUGAAAACUACGGUCAUGUUGACUUCAUUUUAAGCUUGCAAGCAAAACAAGAUCUUUAUGACCCUAUGAUUAGUUUUUUCAAGUCAACCGGAAAAUUUACUAGCAUGUAAAGUUUGCUUCCUUCCGGCACGAUGGAUGUAAUACAAUAGUCUGUGGGUUCAUAAAGUAUUAGACUUUCUGUAUAGUCAAAAUGUUAAUAUUGUGUGGGUGGAGUCCACUCCACUCCACCUCUAUUCUCUGUGUAAAGAAUUUACAGAUCCAUGAAAUUUGGCAUUGCAUGGUUAUUAUUUGCCA